AUGGGGCGUGCAUUGAAGGGCACACGGGCCCCAGGAGAAGCGCAGAGAGGGUGGCUGCGGCAGGAGCGUCGGAGGAUGCGAGGCGGCAUGGGAGGGUGGCAGAGGAGGGCGAGGAAGGAGGAGGACUCCAGAGAGCCCAGCGUGAUCUUUCCAAAUGUGUCACUCACCCCCAAGUGCGAUGGCUCCACCCCCUUUCUGCCAGUCCGGGUGAACUUGUCCGCGUCCUUCUCUGAGCCUCCCUGGCCCUGCGCUCAGCAUGCAGCUACUCUGGUCAGUUCUGUCUGGUGUCUGUGGUUCUGGACUCUUCUCUCCCCAAGGCUGGAUGCGCCAUACACCCCCAGAGGGCUGUUUGCACUGUUGUCAGGGUUGGCUGUCGUCUGGGACCCUCCCUCUCACUUCCGCGCUCCUGACCCCCUCUACAAAGUCAGCUGGGAGCAGCGAUCUUCUCAAAGGUCACGGCCGCUCUGGUCAGGAUGCUCUGAGAUCCUCACGGAAAGCCCUGGGACGCUCCCAGAAGGACGAGCGGUGUGGGCCCCAAGGGUCGGGCUCCUCCCUCACUGCCCACCACAUUCCAGCCCCUGGCUUUGUAUCAGCCGCUCCAAAAUUGCAAAGUUCCGCCACUUCCGUCAAAACGCCCCUGCCGGCCCUCCAUUGAUCUCACACAAACACGUGCCCGAGGCUGAAGCCAACCUGAUUGGUUUUCACCAUGAACAAAAAAUAUACAAAGUCCUUGAAAACGGAACAAGCCGAAGUGAAUCCCGAAGUGACAGAAACGCACCAGCCCAGCAACGCUUCCCGGUUUUCCCUGUGAUAAACUUGAAAACACGAAGCACAGCCGAGGACCUCGCGGUCUGCAGAAACGCCACUGCCUCGCGCUCUUUGGCGUCCUUGUCGCUGUGCUGGCCGCAAACUUGGCUGCAACCAGUUGGAUUAAAAACAAAACAAAACAAAAGCAGGAUCUUUUCUGGGAAAAUUUGGGGUUCUGUCCUGCGGGGUGAGCUGAGCCAUGCAUCCCGAGGCCGGACAACUCUGCCUCCUCUUCCAUGGAGACGCAAAACCAGGCGGACACCAGGGAGCCACGUGAACCACGCAGUGUCCACACCGCUGCGCCCACCCUCUCCGGGGAGGGCUUUCUCCAUGGCUUUCCUGGAAAGGAGGUCCAGGAGGCAAUUGCUUUUGAGAACUGGCCUCUUAAAGCCUAUCUUCACUCCAUGCUGCGUUUAACUGACGGUUGGCCGAGGACAGGAGUCAAUUUUCCUUUCCAAUGUGAGGGUGCUCCAUUCCCUUCUGUCAUGUCACAUGGUCCUCCCUAGCUCUAAAGUCAGCCAGAAGCUUGCUGCCUGACUCCAGUGUCCAGAAAUUUCCAGUGGAUUUUAGGUCUCCGGGUCUCCUGUCUGGAUGAUGGAAUCCAGGCUAUUGGCAUUGGGAGGACUAAGUGUGGAGCUGUCAGCACUAAGGAGGCCUCACCGAGCCCUGCUGUCCUUGGAACUCAAGCCCCACCCUCUGCACUGCUGCUCCCCCCUGAGGGGCUAAGGGACACUUAAACAUACACAGCCGCCAUCGCUCAAGCGCUGGGAGGCACUUGCGGUGGUAACGGCACUUACAGCCUACGUGGAUCCUGAAGUCAGUUUGAGGCUGACGCUUACCUGCAGAAGUCUGAGAAGUUUAGCUGACCACUCACAGCUGAGUUUCUUCUGCUGCGAAGCAUGGGUGAUACUAACUCAGAGAGACACCAGGAAAUAGAAAGGCUCUGUGCACGGUGCAGACACUACUCGUAGCCUAGUGGCUACUUCGAAUAUAGCAAGUGCUUCGGAAAAUCUUUGUUGAGCCUGUUACAGAAGCUGGACAUCGCCUUCCGUGUGCAGUGUAUCUCACUGCUGGGGGCAGUUGUGGACAUCUGUCUUGUUGGAGAAGGAUCGCUGAGGUUUGGAACUUGCUCUCUCACUAAGCACAUGGUGGCUUAGGACAAGUCAGAGUCUAUGAAAGGGAAGCUAUAACGCGUGGGAUUCUAAUGUUCAGCUUAACUUGAAAACACAAGUGUAAAAAUUCCGCUGACACAUGAUAUGACAUGGGGAGUUUACUUCGAAAUCACCGGAGGGGUGGCUUGGGGAGGUGAGUGGGGUGAGACUGCCCACGAACGCACAGCUGCCGAGGCCGAGGGCUGCUGUGAGCGGGGUGUGUCGCGGUUUCCCUGCAGCGCUGUGUCGCCUGUGGGCGCCUUCAGUACUGAGGAUGGAACCGAGGCCUCGGGCCUGCUAAGCACGACUGCACCACCAAGGGACAACCACCCCUGACUUCUCUGUAUUUCUGAAAUUCCCAAGAUAAAAUGUUAGAAAAAAA